GACUGCGCAACAUCGUACUCGGCAUGACUGAUUCGAACGUGUUGCUAUUUCAAAACAAUACAAGGCCGUGCGUUUUUGUCGCAUUUUAUACAAAGUAUAUUGUUCCCGCUAUUUACAAGCGCCACUAGGAGUUAACAUCUGUACACGCACGAAAUGAAAUGAAACUGUGGGGUUGUUGCGCCUCUGACAGUGGCAGGGUGAGCCGCGCAUCUCGCGGUAAAAAUGACGGAAAUUGGAGCUGUGAUUUUGAAAUGGACGGAGACAAGGGUGAAGCCAAAGGCAAGGUGGGUGAUCAAGUCAUGCAGAACCCACAGGCCUUGGCAGCACUGCAGGACCGACUGGACAACAUGCCACAUGGUCCCUCCAUACUGGAGAACUUACCGAAGGCCGUGAAGAGAAGAGUGAAUGCCUUAAAGAACUUACAGGUGAAGAGUGCACACAUAGAAGCCAAAUUUUACGAAGAGGUCCACGAGUUGGAAAGAAAAUAUGCCGCCCUUUAUCAGCCCCUCUUUGACAAGAGAAAAGGUAUUGUCUGCGGAGUAGUAGAACCAACAGACGAGGAGUGCGAGUGGCAGAGCGAUCACGAGGAGGAAGAGCUGUCUGAGGAGAUGAAGUCAAAAGCAACGAUGGAGGAGAAAAAGGAGGGAGAUGUAGCAGAGGAGAAUCCAUCGGGAAUCCCCGAGUUCUGGCUCACUAUAUUCAGAAGUGUCGACAUGCUCAGUGACAUGCUACAGGAACAUGACGAGCCCAUAUUGAAACACCUACAAGAUAUCAAAGUUAUCUUUUCGGCACCCAGUGAGCCAAUGAGCUUCACACUUGAGUUUCACUUUGAGCCCAACAGCUUCUUUAACAACACUGUCCUCACUAAAAAGUACAAGAUGAAGUCUGAGCCCGAUGCUGAAGACCCAUUCUCCUUUGAAGGCCCAGAAAUCAUUGAUUGUGAAGGAUGUGAAAUAGACUGGAAGAAGGGCAAGGAUGUAACGGUGAAGACCAUCAAGAAGAAGCAGAAACACAAGGGAAGGGGGACAGUGAGGACAGUCACCAAGCAAGUGCCCAACGACUCCUUUUUCAACUUCUUCAACCCUAUCAAAGUUUCAUCAGAUGGAGAGUUGGAUGAGGAUUCCGAGUUCACCCUAGCGACAGAUUUCGAGAUCGGCCACUUCUUCCGGGAGAGGAUAGUUCCUCGUGCUGUGCUUUACUUCACUGGGGAGGCACUGGAGGACGAUGAAAGUUUUGAAGAGGAGGAGCUGGAUGAAGGCGAGGAAGAGGAUGGGGAAGAGGAAGGUGAUGAAGAUGAUGAUGAAGAUGGAGAGAGCGACACCAAGGCAUAAGUCAUUCUACCCUCAUGCAUUCCUAGGGAGGGGACCCCCAGCCUGCAGAGUGUAAGCAGCAGUAACCUACGGGAGCCGCAUGACGCGUCUCCUCCACGAGGCCCCAUACUCCACUCGAGUCAACCCAGCUGGACGCCACUCUGUAGAGCACAUAUACCCACCACCACCUCCUCUUCUCUCUGCAGAGUGCCUGGUCGGCCUCGCUCUCUUUUGGUCCAACGCAAUACACAGAAAAAUGUGGAAGAGGGGUGAUAAAAACUACAAAAGGUUCAAUUUUUUUUAUUAAUGCAUGACUUGUCUAUGCGGCCCUAAAACGUUAAAAAAAGAUGGUGUUCAUGAAAUUGUAAAUAUAUAAUUGCUAACUGGGGGAAAAGGGGAGGGGAGGGGAGGGGAUGGGGGGUGGGUGGUGGUCAGACAAUUUUGUUCUGUAAACAACAGGGGUUGAAAUGAGAGCAAGGAGCAACUAUCCAAUCACAUGUUUGGGGAAGUGUCACAUCCUGUUUUAUGUUUUCUGUUUUUGUUUUGUUUAUAUUAUUAUUUUUUUUAAAUGUUAUUUCCCCCCCUCUUUUUUUAUCUGAUGCCACAUUCCAGAUUGCCCUUUCAAAACCGUAUGCUCCUUCACAGCCCAAAAAGAAUCAAGUGAACAAGUGCGUGUUGACUUGAUAUCAUAGGUUACUCAGGGUUUUAUAUGCCAAGAAAUCAGAGGGUGAGCACACAAUGUGAAACUGUGGACACAAAACACCCACUUAUGGUUUUCUUUUUUUGUUUCCCCCCUCGGUCAAUAAUAAAUGAAAUGAUUAGUUCA